AUGCCUGUUGCUCUGGCCGUCCGCAGGACCAACUCCGACGACGCAGAGCUGCUCGAGAUGCUACUGGACGCCGGUGCAAGCAUCCCAGGGACCGCAGCGCUGCACAUGGCCUCGUUUAUGGGGCAUUUGCCCAAGAUGCGCACGCUCAUUGUUCGUGGCGCCGAUAUCAACGAAGUCUUGACCGACCGGGUUCGCACGCAUCUCAAAUUCUUUGGAUUCUCGACUCCUCUCCACUGGGCUGUUCGGGGAGGUCACGCAGACGCCGUUGAGCUGCUUCUGGCUGAGAACCCGGACAUGGAGCUUAAAGAUGACCACGGAAUUAGCGCCAGGGAUGCGCUGAAUCAAUGGAAGGUUGGAUCGGCUUAG